UCCUUCCAGCCUCCUCAUACCGCCCCCUCACAGCAGACAGAGCACGGCCCGCUGCCACCGCCGCGAUGGAUGCCGCCACUGCGGGCAACAAGGAGCGGGAGGCUGUGCAACUCCUGGCCGAGGCCGAGAAGAGGGUGAAGUCCUCCCAUUCGUUCCUCAGGGGGCUCUUCGGAGGAAAUACAAAGUUGGAAGAAGCAUGUGAAAUGUAUACCAGAGCUGCAAAUAUGUUUAAGAUUGCCAAAAACUGGAGUGCUGCAGGAAAUGCAUUUUGCCAGGCAGCCAAGCUUCACAUGCAGUUGCAGAGUAAACAUGAUUCGGCGACCUGUUUUGUGGAUGCAGGAAAUGCUUACAAAAAGGCAGAUCCGCAAGAGGCUAUCAACUGCUUAAAUGCUGCCAUCGAUAUUUACACAGAUAUGGGUCGAUUUACUAUUGCUGCCAAGCAUCAUAUUACCAUUGCAGAGGUCUAUGAGUCUGAGCUGGUAGAUAUUGAAAAGGCUAUUGCACAUUAUGAGCAAGCUGCAGAUUAUUACAAAGGUGAAGAAUCCAACAGUUCUGCGAACAAAUGUCUGCUGAAAGUAGCUGGAUAUGCGGCUCAGCUAGAGCAAUAUCAGAAGGCUAUUGAAAUUUUUGAACAGGUUGGAACAAGUACUAUGGAUAACCCUUUACUCAAGCAUAGUGCAAAAGAUUAUUUCUUUAAAGCUGCCCUGUGUCACUUUUUGGUUGAUGAAUUGAAUGCUAAGCUUGCUCUUGAGAAGUAUGAGGAAAUGUUCCCAGCAUUCACGGAUUCAAGGGAGUGUAAAUUAUUGAAAAAGCUGCUGGAAGCUCAUGAGGAACAAAACUGUGAGGCGUACACUGAAGCAGUCAAAGAGUUUGAUUCAAUAUCCCGCUUGGAUCAGUGGCUCACCACCAUGUUGCUGCGCAUUAAAAAAUCAAUUCAAGGAGAGAGCGAGGGAGAUUUGAAGUGAUCUGUGUUAUGUGACUCGUGCUGUGUCUGUUGAAGUUACUCUGUGUUGUGGCCCAGGACCAUUAUGGGAUACUCGAUAAAUGCUUCUAGCUUCACUGACUGGUGUCUUGUUCAGUAUUCUGUAGUGGCUCAUGCUGUGGCACCUAAGAACAUGAAUUCUACAUUUGUGAGUCGAAUUCUGUCAAAAACUUCUAAAUAUAAAGAUGCAGAUCCUGAUCUUUUUUCAUGUUUAUCUGGAAGUAAAUCCCAUGAAGUUCAAUGGGAUUUCAUGUAAUUAUGCAUAAGACUGCAGGUCAUGUACACUCAGCUGAGGUGAAACUCUUAUGAAAUGAUGCUCUCACAAUAUGAGAAGCCAUGUUUCUUCACUCUCCCUGCCUCUGCCAAAUUUGUUGUAGUUUUGAAUAAAUGUUGGUCUAGAGUU